AUGGACAGGAUUUGUCCCGGGAGACACUUCGGGCUCGCAGCGGUGUACAUGAACGUCGCGAGCGCGUUGCACGUCUUCGAUUUCUCGCCGCCUGUCGACGUGCAUGGCCGGGAGAUCAGGAUCGAGCCGCGCAUGCCUGGGACAGACGAGCCGAAGACGCUAGGUGUACAGUCAAGCCGCGUUCCCAGUGCGCCAAGCUCAUUCGAGGUCCCGGGAGAUCUUGACGCGUAG